AUGGACUACUUUUCCAAAUUUCUGAGGUCCGGCACCCAAGCCAGCACACCAAAGGCAGCUCCGGAUCAUGCCCUCGAAUUCCACCAGUCAUGGACGAUCGUCAAGAACACGCUCCAGUACCCGGAUGAGCGACAGCUGAGCAAGGGUAUCAAGUCGACGGAUGUCCCCGCACAUUUGCAGACAAUGGUAGACUCCCUCGUAUGGGAGUCGACGCGCACGGAAGAAGGGACGUUCGGCGGUUGUUUAGAAUACCUGCUGAAGAACGAUGUCCUUGGGCAGCUCGUGAAACUCAGUGAACAAGAUCGUCCUUUCGGCAUCCAGGCAGAAGUUCUGCGGGCCAUACAGAACAUGGUUGUCCUGAUGGACGAACAAUUCCUGGUGCACUCGGCGGUACACAAAGCUGUGCUACGCCUACUAAGGAACUGCGUUGGUGACGAUAUACAAGAUAAGCUCGAUGGGAAGAAGAUCAUGGGUGCAGCUGGUAACGCAGCGCGAAGUCAGCCGUCCGAGUACGAGGAAGACCUGGUGAAUCUUCUCUGCAUCCUAUGCAGCCGUAUUCGAACAUACCGAGAGCUCCUCAUGAUAUUCUUCCACGACAAGCACUGGUAUCGCUCAGAGCCUCUCUUUUCUGUUGAAGAAGAGGAAGAGGAAGAGGAAGAGGAAGAGGAAGGGGAAGAGGACACAGAAGAACAGGGCAAAGGCAAUCCUGAAGCGUCGGAAAGAUCUACUGCCGCCCAGCCUCGGACUCCAUCGCCAACCCCAUCUCAAGCUACUAUCACAUCCGGCAAACCAGUCUCCUCAGUAGCGAAGAAACAGGAAUACGAGUUCCUUCUCUUCAACUACCUCCUUCGUUUCGUCCAUCGCGAAGGCCAGAUUGGGGACUUCGCGCGUGCCGGACUCCUGUUCCUGAUGGACGUCGCCAUGUCCCCUGGCGAGUCCGUCAACCGCAUAGGUGGUGAGGAGGUUGCUCACGGGGCGUCUGACACGCAGGAAACCGAUCCUGUGACCGACGCAGCCCUGGCUCUUGCGGAGUACAUUGUGGACGGCGACUUCUCGGAAGUUUUAGCGGCUGGUCUAGGCGCCGUAUAUUCGGUCCUCCCAUCAAAGCUGGUUGUUAAACCUCAUGCUGUUCCUGGUCAGGAACAAAGCAGUGGUAUGGUCAUUGGCGGCAGCGGCCUCGAAACAGAGGAGGAGAAAGCCAUGUCGGAAAUCGAGCGCGACGGCGAGCGUGCACUGGGUUUGGACGAGUCCUUGAACCCUGAUUUCCGGGCGCGAUUGGAUCACUUCCUCAAACUUCUCGAGUUCCUGCAGGACAUCCUGCGUCGGAACGUCGCCCAUGACUCGCCUGACGGUAGCUUGGACCCGUCAUCCUUAGUUGGAAACUCCAUUGUACAAUCCAUCCUCGACGCGGUCCGCAAAACAUUCUUGGAGAACGUAUUUUAUCCUACUAUCCUGGAAUGCUCUGACCAGGACGGGAGCGCGGUUGCGAUCAUGUCCUACAUCGAAAUCAUGGUCACCACAUUACAUGAAGGUCAGCUAGGCGAGCUUCUGGUCACUUUCCUCACAAGCGAGGACGACGGCCCACUCAACCGCACACGUGUCCGCAAGGAUACUAUGGCGCUUUCCGGGCCGCCACAAAGCCGGUCCUCUGCGCCGCAAAAAACGAAGCGCGAGCGGAGGAAGAGCACAGCAAUGCAGUUGCUGGAGAUGGAAGUGCCCGACUCCACGAAACCGACAGAGUAUUUCACCUCCAUGGGACGGUUCACGCUGAAGGACUUGCUGAUGUCGAAUCUUCGCUCGACAUCGCAGCCUACUGCCACGGCUGCGCUGCGAUUAUUGCAGACGAUGCUCUUGGAGCACUGUCAGAUCUGUGUGGACCGACUUUUGGUAGUUGUCCACGAUCCACUCGCCACGAGCUUCCCUGAGCCCAGUAUGAUCCCACAUGUGCUAGACGCUCUGAUUCCCUCUACCAAACCUCAAGUACUUAAGGUCAAUGACGAGGACGACGAGGAUGAGGACGAAAAAUUUGUCUAUCCAGGGGCGGAAGAAUCAUUCGCUUUCCCUUCGGCCUCACCGGAGUCUUUAGAAAUACCCCUAGGCCCGGUCUUUCAUCAACCAGGAACUACAUACUCCACCCACGAGCGCGAGAUGGGGCUUUACCUCGCACUGGUCUCCAGGGUGGAUCCCGCGCACCACGGCGAUGCUUUCAGCACAGGAUAUGAGCAUUACCUCCGCGACGCGCUGUCGUCGAUCCAGUCUCAGUCAUGCUUCCACUCUGACAUGGACCCGGAAUCGCGCGCGAAACUAAAGCAUCGCCUGAACCCCAACGACCCCAUCCUGACCCUCGUGCUGGACUCUCUUCGUCGGUUCUUCGCCAACGAACCGGAAUUCAAUAUCGCCCUCAUCGGUGUUCUGUCCUCACUUGCUCUCUGCCCCGAUCGCUCUCUCGCAGGCUGGCUCACGUUUGCGACUCCGAAUACUGAGACGGCGGACAUCAUACAGCGCGAGCAAGAAAUAUUGGACCUGGGCGACGACGACGGAGACGACAGGUCUAUCGACUUCCGGAUUGACGAGAAGCUCGCGGCCGAUGGCGGCGGUUUACCUGCCGCGAGCAUGGACGACAACUCUCGUCCCAUCUUGCAUUCCAUCUUCCUUGGACUCAUCGCUCAACUAGAGCGAUACAGACAGCUCGUAAAUGAUUUCGACAAGUACCUUCUGGAGCGUCGACAAGGCCUUCUGUUUUCAGAGAAUCUGACAGAUGCACUUACCUUGGCUCUCGAACCUGAGUUCAUGACCGGGAGUCAGAGUCCUCGCCGGCAAAGCGUCACCGACAUCUCGCGAGACAGCACGCCAGUAACACCCACCAAGGCAGUGCCCAAACCUAAGAUAACCAGUUCGGCUUCGUCGUUUGUCUCGUUCCUCACACCGAAGAAAAAAACCAAGCCUCCGCCGGUCGCACCUCCCACUGAACCGAGCACGCCUUCGAAGAAGGCAGCGGCUGCCAGACCGUUUGGCUCACACUACGAGCGGACAAAAGCGAUUGAAGUCGAGCCGUACGAGGCGCCGCCGCCCACAUCCGGUCCUUGGACGCCGGCGCGCAAGCCUUUAGGUGGGUCAAGUGUGCGAGGUUGGAAUACGGACGAGGACGAUGUCUUCGGUUGGCAAUGGGACGAGUCAGGGCCGAAGACCAGACGCGAUUUGGAUGACGAUGAGGACGUAUUUGGAGACGGACGCAAUGGCAACAGGGGUGUCGAGAGGCGGGUGAUAACGCUCUCGCGUUUAUUGGAUAACGUGGUUAUACUAGAGGAAAGCAUCAAGGAACUGGCGGCUAUAAUUCACGCCAGACGCAGUUUGGGUAUAGAUUCCGUUCGCUACCUUUAGGCUUGUUUCAUCGCAUCGAUGCUCUACCACUACGUAUAUGUAUAUACCCAUUUCUCCA